GAUGAAGAAGAUGAUUUUAAAUAUCUGAUUAAUCUUUGUGGAUGUACCUUGACGAGUCUCAAUUUAUAUUAUUAUCCUGUUUCUUCCGUGAUGCAAUUGAUUAAAUCUAAGUGUCCAAAUCUCAAUGCACUUUUAUUAAGAUUUAAAGAAGUGGAAAGUAAAGAUUUUGAUGAUGUUUUUUCGAACAUGAAUCAUCUUGAAACAUUAAUAAUUAAUUGGCCACGUAAAAACUUAACUUUCCCAAUGACUUUGAUCAAGUCAUUAGAACAAGUUUGUGAAACCUUAAAAACGUUUUUCGUUUUAUGCGAAGGUGAAAAAUCUUGGCUUUCUGACAGAACAUUUACAUUCGAUUCUUUGGUAUUAGCUCCAGAAACUGAAGCUUUAAUGGAUGUAAUUGGUAAUAUGAAAAAUCUCGAGUGUGCAAGAAUCUCAUUGGAUUAUGGUUUUACAGAUGAAUUACUCGUGAAACUUACCAAUAAUUGUAAAAAUUUGAUAUCUUUAAAAGUCCGUAGUCCAAAUAUAACGGAUAAAGGUUUAAUUGCAGUUAAUAAUUUGAAACAAUUAGAAUAUUUUUCCCUUGAUUUAAUGGGAGCAAAUAUAGAAAAUAAUUUCAUCACUGAUCGGUCAGUUCAAUGUUUGUUCAACAACAAUAUAGAAGAGUUGUAUCUACCGAAUUGUAUUAAUAUCACCAACAGCUCAGUGAUCGAACUCGUUAAAAAUUUACCGAAUUUACGAACUCUCGAUAUUAGAAAUACAAAAGCAACUAUUGAAGUUGUCGAAGAAAUUGCUCAGCUAACAGGAGACAGUGAACUAAGCUUAACCAUAUAUGUGUCUUUUAAAAUUCAUGAUUAUAACUCCUUUAUAGUAGGGUGGGAACAUCCAUUCUUUGUCGUACAAGUUAACCGAGCACUAAGGUUUAAGAGUUCAUAUAGAGAAUACCAUACCCAGUUUUAAUUAGUGUUUGUGCUUAUGUUUUUUAUGAAACAUAAACAUAUGGUAAUAUAAAUAUUUUUUGUUUAAUUAUAGUUUUGUAAAAUUGUAAAUACCAUAUUGUUUUUUGAAAACUUUAAAACUCAAGAUGUAAUUCAAGAAUGCAUAUGACACGUGAAGAA